AUGGCCUUGCGAAGGAAUAGAAAACGGUCUGCCAAGCAGGCAAAGCGCAGGAGUAGCAGCAGUGCUGCUACUCCUAAAUACUACCGUGUGGUUAGAGCCAUUGCUGCUCUUAAAAACACCAAUGGCUCUAGCUUGAAAUCUAUCCAGCGGUACAUGAGGACCAGCAGGAAGGUCACUGUAGGAAUGAUGAAGAGAGCAAUCCGUGCCCGCCUUGUCAUUCGUUCUCAGGGCCGCUUCAAGGUUUCUCGUUUAGCUAAGCGUCCACGCCGCGGAAAGGCCCGACGUGCCCGCAGGCGAAGGGGACGCAAGGCAGCCAAACGCCGAAGGCGAAGCCGUCGUUCACGACGUAGCACUCGCCGUCGCCGAUCCCGCAAACCCAAGAGCAGGAGGAGGAGGCGAAGGCGAGGAGCCAAGCGCGCUGCGAGGAAAACUAGACGCCGCCGACGAGUUUCCCGCCGUCGGGGACGCAAAUCUCGACGUAGGGUUGCCCGCAGGCGUACCCGUCGGGCACCUCCCAAGGAAAGCCCAGUUGUCAAGACUGCAUAA